AUGAAAUCGUCGGAAGUUCAACAGAUGGAAGAGCUCGUCGAUGGGUCCAAUCGUAAGUUUAACCAAAAGUUCUACCGAACAGCUGUGAAAACCAAAACAUUUUUGAAAACACGUUGAGAGCGUUCUAUGUUUUAUGACUAUUAUCAUUGUUGAUAACUCUGUGGUCUCUUUGUGAAGUCACCAUGCUUUGUGAAGAACUCUGAAAAUAUAGCGGCUCUAAGAAGUCUAAGAAACCUGCAAUGGGUCAAAAGUUCAGGCCUCUAAAAGUCACAGAAAACUUUUCAAACUCACUUUAAAUAAUUUAACUUUUGAUAAGAAACAGGCAAAGUUUGAACAUUCAACAGUGGUUAUAUACACAUUUACGUACUAGAAAAGCCCGUCCACCGAGCGAAUCAUAUAGUUCAGUUGCAAAACCAGAUUGUGCUGAACCGAUUCAGCAGAAUUCGUGUGAAAAGAAGAGCAAAAGCUCGCGAGUUCACACAAAAACGACAAAAACAUUGAUCAUACCUUCAAAGUACCCGGGCGGCGCGUGAGUUUGCUCUCUCACUUUAUCCGGUCGUCGGACCGUUGUUUGUGCGUCCUGACUCAUUCUUUCUGUAAAGUUCGGCGCCAAAACAAGAAGAACAGAAGUAGCAGCCCCCGGCCAUCCAUUCAAUCAUUUUAAUAGUCGCCUGCCCCUACCCGACCGCUCUCCGAGCCUUUUAUCAUUCGGUCUCGGAAAUGACGAAACUUUCGGUCGCCGGCUUCGCCCCCUCAUCGUCUAUCAGCCGUAAGUUCACCGGAGCAGCACUAUUGAAACAGUUUUGAGUCUAUAAAACCAAGUGACUAACCCAAUGAUCAACGACAAUUACGAGUUCGGAAAAGUGUGCGAUGAGUCAGAUUAGUUUGUGUGCGGAUCUGAGGCUCCGUCGACCUAAUUCUUGGAAACAUUGGAGCAUUAUUGUAGAUGAAAUAAUAUAAAUCGUACUUUGUUUUUGCUAAAUUUCACUUGUCAGCUGGUCCAUCUUUUGUUAUUUUUGUGACUUAAAAAUGGCUAAAAACAAAAAGGACGAGUCUUCCCCACCUUGUUCACUUUCUUAUCAAUAAUGAUGUGUUGCCGUCCACGCCUCUCCACUAUUUUGUGCCCCUCAAGAUUUGUUAUAAAAAGAAUGCGAAUCGACAGGUUCCGGGCAAAAUGGUGGCUCCUGCUGAAAAAGACUUUUCAUUUGCAGAAAAAUCAAACCAUGUCGACCUUCUCGGAGCUUUCAAACACACUGCCAAGUAAGUCGAUGAGCCUAUCCAUGCCAUUCAUAAAGGCUCUUCUCUCAGGUUGACCGGACUGGAUUGCUCUGCGUGUGCGGGCGCCAACAAUGGAAGCUCAAAGAUUCUGGGGUACCUCAGCAGAGCUCUCGCGAUCGCCGUGAUCUUUCUCAUGAUCUUCCGCUCGUCCACUUUUCUCGGAGAAGAGGGAAAGCUUCUGUCUUUCAACUGGUCCGAAUCCAACUCGUUCGGAUUCAUGGGACUCCACUCGGUCGUCUGUUGUUUCUGCAUAAUGGGAUGGACUGCCCACGCCUUUGUGCCCAACUUCCAGAGUCAAUUGGCUCAGAUCAGGGUGCUGCGGAUUGAACCGAACGACGAGAUCGACGACUACCGGGGCCUCCGCAAGAAAGCUUUCUUCUUCUCAGUCCCUUGGCUUCUGGUUCUCAUGUUCACUUCUUUGUUCAACGCCAUCAAUGAGAAGGUUUUGUACUCAGGGUCAGUGUUGCAAUCAUGUUAAUUUUCGAGCCAAUAACUUUUUCAGAGCCGCCGUACCUGUCUACAAAUACUCCAUCUUCCCGGCUCUCACCUUCCUCUCGUGGAUCAUUUCCUCCACUUGUGUCACUUUCUACGCUCUCGUUCAGUUCGCGAUGGCCCGUGAAAUUGAAUAUUUCAACAAGGAACUGAAGAAGGCCAGUGAAGAGAAGAAGCUCAAGGUGAGUGAAGAAUGAUACAUUUCUCAGCAACUAUGUUGUCUUCUAGGAGGUGUCCGUCGUCUCCGAGUUCAGUUACCGUCAAAGAGAGCUGUGCAAGCUGGUCAACAAAGCGAACGAAUCCCUGAAAAGCUACGCGACCGUGGCGCCUCUCUUCUGCUUCUUCUCCAUCAUCAACGCCAUCUACUCGCUUAGUUUCUUCUUCACAGUUCCACUCAUUUACGCGUUCGCUCUCUUCUUCCUGAUGCUCAACAUCAUCGGAAUGCUGAUCUUUACCUUUUUGCCCGCCUGCCGAGUACAGGAUCAACUGACCGCAACGGCAAAGAUUCUGAUGGAAACCGACGAAUUCGAGAGUGCCGAAGAGCCGAAAGUCUACCAGACUUACCGAGUGAUGGUCGACCGAUCUCUGAAGAGUGAGACCCGGAUCUUUGUUGUCAACGCGUUCGGAAUCAACUCAGUCAACUUUAACGUGGCCAUGUUCGUCAUUCCCAACUUGGGACCUCUCCUUAUGAUGCUCAGGAAGCUUCUCGAAUCGCAUGGAGUGUCAUAA